AAGAUGAUGUUAUAAAUUAAUUUUAUUAUCGACUAGACAGUUUUUUGAUAGAUGGUAUAAUAUAUAUAUAUUUAUAUUUAUAGUUUACUAUCAUUUUGGGUUUUAACUUUGUUACAUCUGGAAUACUUCAUUGAUUGAUGCAUUUUUGUAGAAAGUAAAAAUAAUUCUAUUGAUUGUAGAAAAAAAUCAAUAGAAUUAUAAUAUGGCUGAUACCAAAAGACCAAAUUUAACAGCACUAAAUGGCUUGUCUCUAAAUUCAGCAUUAAAAUCAAAUCCAGCUAAAAAACUUGUUGUAAAAAAUCUGAGGCAAAAACCUAUGCUACCUGAUAAUUAUCAAGAACAGACAUGGAAAAAACUAAGAGAAGCCGUUAUCGCAAUUCAAACAUCUACUGCUAUACGUUACAGCAUGGAAGAAUUAUAUCAAGCUGUUGAAAAUAUGUGUAACAAUAAUUUAGCAGCAGCCUUAUAUAAUAAUCUGGUAGAACUUAGUGAAAGUCAUGUAAAAAAACUUUUGCAAAAUUUCACUGAGGUUACUAAUGAUAAAAUAAUAUUUUUGAAAAAAGUUAAUCAUCAUUGGUCUUCUCAUUGCAACCAAAUGUUAAUGAUUCGUAGUAUAUUCUUAUACUUAGAUCGAACUUAUGUACUUCAAAAUCCUAAUGUCAAUUCUAUUUGGGAUAUGGGUUUAAAUUUGUUUCGUCAUCAUAUUAUGUUAAACACAAAUGUACAGAAUCGAACAGUUGAUGGUUUACUAUUAUUAAUUGAAAAAGAACGGCAAGGAGAUAUGGUAGAUAAAACUUUACUAAAAUCAUUACUACGUAUGCUUUCGGACUUGAAAAUAUAUCAAGAUGCUUUUGAAGGUAAGUUCCUUCAGGCUACUGAACGUUUGUAUGCAACUGAAGGAUUACGUUUGAUGCUUGAACUUGAAGUGUCUGAGUAUUUAUAUCAUGUUGAAAAAAGACUGAAUGAAGAAAAUGAGAGGCUUUUACAUUACCUUGAUUCAUCUACAAAAUGGUCUUUAAUACAUACUGUUGAAAAGCAGCUUAUUAGUGAACAUGUCAGUACCAUAUUGCAAAAAGGCUUAGAACAUUUACUUAAUGAAAAUAAACUUGAUGAUUUGAAGUUAAUGUAUGGAUUGUUGACUCGUGUAAAAAAAGGUCUUACAGAACUGUGUUUAAAUUUCAAUGCUUACAUUAAAAAAUAUGGAAGAACUAUAGUCAUAGAUCCUGAAAAAGAUAAAACAAUGGUGCAAGAAUUGCUAGAUUUCAAAGAUAAAAUGGAUAUAAUUGUUAAAAAAUGUUUUCAAGCAAAUGAAAAGUUUGGAAAUAGUCUCAAAGAAGCAUUUGAACAUUUUGUUAAUCAACGAACUAAUAAACCUGCUGAGCUUAUAGCAAAGUUUGUUGAUUCAAAGCUUAAAGUUGGUAAUAAAGAAGCUACCGAAGAAGAACUAGAAAAACUUUUGGAUAAAAUAAUGGUUUUGUUUAGGUUUAUUCAUGGUAAAGAUGUUUUUGAAGCAUUUUAUAAGAAAGAUUUAGCUAAAAGAUUACUUCUUGGUAAGUCUGCUAGUGUAGAUGCUGAAAAAAGUAUGUUGUCUAAAUUAAAACAAGAAUGUGGUGGUGGAUUUACAUCUAAAUUAGAAGGUAUGUUCAAAGAUAUGGAGUUAAGUAAAGAUAUUAAUAUUGCAUAUAAACAAUAUUUAGCACAUGUCAAAGAUGUUCAAUUGUCUGGUAUUGAUAUGACAGUUAAUAUACUUACUAUGGGUCAUUGGCCAACAUACUCAGUCAUGGAAGUAUCCAUGCCUAAUGAAAUAAUUCAAUAUCAAGACUGCUUUAAUAAAUUUUAUUUAGCUAAACAUAAUGGUAGAAAGUUACAAUGGCAACCAACAUUGGGUCACUGUGUUUUACGUUCACACUUCAAACAGGGUAAUAAAGAAUUACAAGUUAGCUUAUUUCAAGCAAUGGUACUUUUACUUUUUAAUGAGUAUCAAACACUUUAUUUCAAGGAAAUAAAAACAAUGACUAAUAUGGAAGAUUCAGAAUUAAGACGAACAUUGCAAUCAUUAGCUUGUGGAAAAGCUAGAGUAUUAUCAAAGUUACCUAAAGGACGUGAUGUAGAUGAUGCAGAUCAAUUUUUGGUCAAUAAUGAUUUUACAAAUAAACUUUAUAGAAUAAAAAUUAAUCAGGUUCAAAUGAAGGAAACUAAUGAAGAACAAAAGUCCACUGAAGAGAGAGUUUAUCAAGAUCGUCAGUAUCAAAUGGACGCAGCUAUUGUGAGAAUUAUGAAAAUGCGUAAAUCUCUUAUGCAUAAUUUAUUAAUUAGUGAGCUGUUUAAUCAAUUAAAGUUUCCUGCCAAACCAGCAGACUUGAAAAAACGUAUUGAGUCUUUAAUUGAUCGAGAUUAUAUGGAAAGAGAUAAAGAUAAUCCGAAUCAAUAUAAUUAUAUUGCUUAAAUAUUUUCUUUAUACACAAUUUAUAAUUAUAGUAAGCAUAUCAAAAUAAUUUGAAAAAUAUACGUAGAUGUAAUAUAUAUGUGUAUUUUCCUCUUUGUUUUGUUUUAUGCUUUAUAUAUAUAUAUAUAUAUUUAUAAACAGUGUUGGUUUUUCUUGUAUAUUUUUUUAAAAAUUGAUUUGUGUAAAUAUUUGUUUAUAGUUAAAAUAUAUAAGAAACCUUUAAUAGUUUGUAAUAAUAAUGCCUAGGUAUAUUCCUAAAAGUUAGUGAUGUGAUUGUAUGGUUAUAAAUUAAUAUGGUUUUACUGAAAGAUCAUAGUACUUAAUAUCUUUUCAUUAUUAAUUGUAAAUAAAUUUAAAAUUUUACCUACUGAAAAAUUAUAAUAAAUGUGUUAUGAUAUUCUUAAAAUAAUAUAA